CUCCCUUGCAAAAGAGAGGAAACAGCAGCUUUUAGCCCACGGGCUAUCCUCGUCACUGCCUUCGGUUUCGCUUCCCAGUAGAACUCUGAUCGCAGCCCUGCCCGCAGCUGCAGCGCCAUGGCCCAGGCGCGGGCUAUGGCCGGGCUGAAGGAAGAGCUGACCUGUCCCAUCUGCCUGGAGGUCUACAAGGAGCCCGUGGCCGUGGGCUGCAGCCACAGCUUCUGCAGGGACUGCCUCAAGCAGGCGCUGCGAGCCCAGCAGAGCCCGGCCCGCUGCCCGCUCUGCCACUCGCCCGCGCAGGAGCUGCGGCCCAACUUCCACCUCCGCAGCAUCGUGCAGAGGUUCAUGGAGGCUCCCGCGCACCACGAGGAGGAACAGCAGGAAGGGCAAGGCAAGGAGAAGGAGGUCCAGUGUGAUUUCUGCCUCCAGGACCCCCAGCCCGCAGUGAAGACGUGCCUGAGCUGCGAAGCCUCGCUGUGCCAAGCGCACCUGAGCAGGCACAACAGCAAGAACGACCAGAAGGGCCAUGUGCUGGUGGAGCCCUGCCAUGAGCAGCUUUUGGCUGAGAGGAGAUGCCCCCAGCACGGCAAAUUGCUGGAGUGCUUCUGUGAGGAUGACCGGGAGUGCAUCUGCGUCCUCUGCUCCGUCAUCUCCCACAAAAACCACAAGAUCGUCGGCUUGGAGGAGGCUUUCAGGGCAGCCCAGGCAGCUUUUCCUGGGACUCUGGAAACACUGAAAAACCAUGAAGCUGCAGUGGAUAAAGCCAUAGCAAACCUGCUGAAACAAAAGGAGGGACUAAAGACUGAUGUGAGCCAGCGGAGGGAACAGCUGGAGAGCCUGUUCAGGAAGAUGUAUACGGAGCUAGAGAAGAAAAAAGGGGAAGUCCUGAAAGUUCUCAGUGACUACAAGGAGGAACAGCUUUCCAAGAUUCAGUCUGUGAUGGAUAAUCACAAGAGCAUGAAGGAUUUGGCCAGCCAGGAUGUUCAGGAGCUGGAGGCUCUGAGAAAUCAGAAGGACACCCUUCUUUUCACCAAGGUACCUACCAGCAUCCCCCUUCGCAGAGACACACAGCUCCAGGGCUGGCCUGCCCUGUGCUAA